AUGAAACAUUUCUAUCUUUCCUUCUUUCUUUCUUUCUUUCUUUCUUUCUUUCUUUCUUUCCUUUUCGCACUGAAACCGAGUAGCUCUGAACACAUCUAUCUAUCUAUCUAUCUAUCACAAAAUGUUCGUAUCUAUCUAUCUAUCUAUCUAUCUAUCUAUCACAAAAUGUUCGUAUCUAUCUAUCUAUCUAUCUAUCACAAAAUGUUCGUAUCUAUCUAUCUAUCUAUCUAUCUAUCUAUCUAUCUAUCUAUCUAUCACAAACUGUUCGUAUAUAUCUAUCAGAGUCUGCACACGUCUAUCUAUCUAUCUAUCUAUCUAUCUAUCACAAACUGUUCGUAUCUAUCUAUUUAUCUAUCUAUAACAAACUGUUCGUGUCUAUCUAUCACAAACUGUUCGUAUCUAUCUAUCUAUCACAAACUGUUCGUAUCUAUCUAUCACCGUCUGGAGACAUCUAUCUAUCUAUCUAUCUAUCUAUCUAUCUAUCUCUCACAAACUGUUCGUAUCUAUCUAUCACCGUCUGGAGACAUCUAUCUAUCUAUCUAUCUAUCUAUCUAUCUCUCACAAACUGUUCGUAUGUAUCUAUCACCGUCUGGAGACAUCUAUCUAUCUAUCUAUCUCUCACAAACUGUUCGUAUCUAUCUAUCACCGUCUGGAGACAUCUAUCUAUCUAUCUAUCUAUCUAUCUAUCUAUCACAAACUGUUCGUAUCUAUCUAUCACCGUCUGGAGACAUCUAUCUAUCUAUCUAUCUAUCUAUCUAUCUAUCUAUCUAUCUAUCUAUCUAUCACAAACUGUUUGUAUCUAUCUAUCACCGUCUGGAGACAUCUAUCUAUCUAUCUAUGUUUUUAUAUUUUAUAUUGGUCUAUUUAUCUAUGAAUAUAUAA